GGCGUGUUCAAAUGUGACGUUUCACAUAUUUGUUAUUCCGUAGGAGGAUAAUUAAUUAUUGAUAAUGAAUAUUGUUUAAAUAAAUAUUUAAGAAUUAUUUGAUAAGAUUAUUCAAACUAUACAUGAAAUAAUUAUAAAAUGAACUGAUAGUCCGUGGUAUUUUAAAUGACAGCGUGUGUGAGUGGCGUGACAAUUUUUUGAAAUUUUAUGUGGGAAGUUGAUGAUUCCCAUAGCGACCAGACCAUCAUCAAAACGCCAAAAAUUGUAAUUUUGUCAGCAUCCUGUCAAAUAGUUAAAGAGGAAUUAUGCUCGAAAACGGAGAAACCAAUGGACAUACCAAUGGAAAUGGAUCUGCAUGGGAUACCAAGCAGCAUAAAGACAUCCGUGUCUGGUGUGAUGGAUGUUACGACAUGGUCCAUUUCGGUCAUGCCAAUUCGCUGAGGCAAGCGAAGGCCCUAGGAGGCUACUUAGUUGUGGGCGUCCAUACAGAUGAAGAAAUAACCAAGCAUAAAGGUCCGCCAGUAUUUACAGAACAAGAACGGUACAAAAUGGUGCGGGGAAUUAAAUGGGUUGACGAAGUGGUAGAAGGAGCACCCUAUGUGACAACCUUGGAAACACUCGACAGGUACGACUGCGAUUUUUGCGUGCAUGGUGAUGAUAUCACCACGACCGCGGAAGGUAUGGACACCUAUCAACUUGUAAAGACCGCUGGAAGAUAUCGUGAAGUAGAGAGGACCGCAGGCGUAUCCACCACCGAUUUGGUAGGUCGAAUGUUGCUUUUGACAAGGAACCAUUUUAAAAGAGGUCAGUAUGAGUACAGCGUUGCCAAAGAGCAUUCUACCACUAUGGGUCAAGAUUCUUCCGCCAGGUCCCCGUGGACGGGAUGUAGUCAGUUUUUGCCAACUACACAAAAGAUCAUUCAGUUUUCCGAUGGGAAGGCGCCAAAAGACGGAGACAAAAUCGUUUAUGUUGCCGGAGCCUUUGAUUUGUUUCACGUGGGUCAUUUAGAUUUUUUGGAGAAGGCCAGAAAACUAGGAGACUAUCUGAUUGUGGGACUACACACAGAUCCUAUAGUUAACAGGUACAAAGGUGCGAAUUUUCCAAUCAUGAAUUUGCACGAACGCGUUUUGAGUGUUCUUGCAUGUAAAUAUGUCUCCGAAGUUGUUAUUGGUGCACCUUAUAAGGUCACAGAAGAUUUAAUGUCUCAUUUUAAAGUAGACGUGGUUUUACACGGGGAGACUUCAGUUAUGGACGAUGAAGAUGGAUCCGACCCAUACGAAAUCCCCAAGCGUCAUGACAAAUUCAUGACCCUCAAAUCAGGAAAUGAUAUGACAACAGAGAAAAUAGUGGAAAGAAUUAUACGGAAUCGGAUGGAAUUCCAGGAGCGCAAUAACCUAAAGGAACAAAAAGAGUUGGCUGUUUUGAAUUUGCUGAAAAAUAUGCAGACAGCAGGGUUUGAAUAGGGUGCACACUUUUUUAAAAUUAGUUUCUUACACAAAUUUUCCUUAAUAUAAGUAUGUAUAUGUAAAUAUGUUUCUGAUUAACAUAUUUACUUCAAAUGAAAAAAGGCAAGUACAUUUUAAAUAUUUAUUAUUAUAGGGGCUUUAUUGGCUUUGGUUAUACAUAUGUAUUUGGGUGCAGCGACAUUCAAAAUACAUGUGAAUAUUUUUGGUGUCAUAUGUUUAUUAUCAGUUUUCUAAAAAAAUCUAUCGGACAUAAAUAGUUUGCUUGGUGAUUUGAAAUUUUAAUGCCGAUUUUUGGAUGUUACUGGUCAUUAUAUUUUUGUAAGCUUUUAUUGAAAAAUAAAAUUAGACUUAUUAUGUGUUAAACCAUCAUUGAAACAACUUGACUUCAAGGUUUCUUAUUAUUCAGGAAUUGAUUAUUGGUUUUUAAAAUUCAUGAAUUCUUGGUUUUCACAAACUUCCAUAUGUAUGUUUCUUUUUUGGAUAUGGUAUAAACCAAUGGUAUAAACACAGUUAUAAAUGAGAUGAUUUAACACAGAAAAGCUACCAAUUAUUUUUGUUGCCAAGCAAAGUAAAAAUACUGUUUGUUGGGAUUUUUUGCUAAGUAGAUACAUUCUUGAAGAAACUUUAAUUAGAUUUAGGCCUUUUUUUAAUAAGUUAUUUUGCAAUAUGUUAACUAAACAGUUGCAUUUCAUCCGGCUAUAAUGAAUGGUCAGAAUGAAUUCGUACAAUUCAGUAAAACCUACAGAAAUCCACCACUCAGAGGCGGAAAACGCGAUUUUGUAUAAAUAGUCUCGAAAAAAAUUCAAAUUUUAAAUCAACCAAUAAAAAUAAUCCGCAAAUUUCCUUAACUGAAUGACCAAUAAUUCUCUAUAACCAUCCUCCAGCAUCUGAUUGCCAAGUUUAUACAAUUUAAAAAAAAAAUCUAUUUCAAAACACCCUGUAUAAUAGGGAUUUAGAUGUUUUAGUGUAGAUUUUUUGACCAACUACUUCAAAUAUAUCUAGUCUCUGGACUGAACUUUAAAAUGUACAUAUUGUAAUGCAUUAGCCUCAUUAUUGCUUUAGUUUUUAACCAAAGAGGUGUUUAAAUAAGAAUCCUAUCUGGCCAUUAUGGUAAUUAUUUGUGAUAAGAAAUUUUCCUUAGCUGUAAAUGUGGUAUAUUUGUUUAAGCUUUUUUUUGUAGGCUAUUUUUUAUGUUUACUGUUCUCGCAGGUUACCUAUUAUACAGAUACAUCAUACAUCUGUAUUUUAUGGAUAAUUUAUAUGAUGGGCUAUUACUACUUUUUUAAGCAUUUACUUUACUUCUUAGGAUAAAUACACUCUCUAUAUUAUAAUGAUAGUGAUGUGUAUUGUAGGUAGGUUUAGUGUGGCUAUAUUAUUAUUAUUGCCACAUCUGGGUUUUAUUUUGCCAAAGUAAGUUUUUGGUGAUUUUAAAUUAGGUGUUGCCUAUAUUGUAAGAUAACAUUUAUGUAAACAGACUAAUGGGAUGUUAUAAAUUUGAGCCUCAUCAUUGUUAGACCAGAGUCAAGUCUUUUUAUUUUUAAAGUCAUAUUAUAAAGUAAAAUUUAGAUUGAAACAUUUAUAAGAUUAUCAGAUAAUAUAUGAUGAGGGUUGAAUUUGUUACAUCAGAUAAAAAUGUUUCUUUGUUUUUUAAUUUUUAGCUUCCAAGACCAUUAUUCCACUCCCAAAUUGGUUGUUGAGAAAAAUACUUGAUUUAAAGCCUUUGCCUAUACUUUUUUUUACCAAUGUAGUAAUGUAUAGUUUCAAUGCAGGUGUUUUUAUUUGUAUAUUUUUAUAUUCAUUUUUAUUUCCGUAUAUGUAUGUCUUUUUAGAUUCGAAUACUUAUAUUGUAAUGUUUUUAUUAUUUAUUAUAUUAUUGUUAAUAUAUUAUGUUUUGUGGAAAUAA